AUGGGUUCACACUGUGUCAAGCUUAGCUCAAGCCACAGCCGGGGCCGUGAAUCUUCCAUGAAGAAGCUCGUGGCCUGCAUGAGUCAGGACAACUUCUCCCUGUCAUCGGAGGACGAGAAAGAGGAGGAGGAGGAGGAAGAGGAGGAGGAAGGGGAGGAAGAGAUCCCUGUGCAGGGCAAGCUGCUGCUGAUGGAGGCCGGGCGGCAGGAAGAGAGAGCCCAGGAGGGGCCCGUGAUCCAGCAGAGCCAGGAGCCCAAGCCGGUGCACUCCUGA